UUAUUCAGAAUGCUGGUCAAAUUCAUGUGCUUCUUCUUCUUCAUUUUCUACUUCACUGUGAAAAUGGUGGGUGGAGAAUUGACUGCCACCUCGACACAUCAAAUGAGACGUGUUCUCGAGGGGGAAGAUCAUCUAUUGACCGAUCUUCGCAUCUAUAUCAAAGUUGUGGAGCAAAAGUUGAAAAACAUACGAAUAAUUGUUGAUGAUGCAUUGAAGCGACAUGAGGAGGCAAUGAUGAAUCCCGUAGAAUUUGUCUCGAAUCCUUUGAAUAGUUUGCCUAUGUUGCGAAGAAUGCACCAGGAUGCUCCAAAAUUAUAUAGUUAUCUAAAGCUGGAAGAGGCCAAGGAUCUACAGCAGAUAGCAGACUAUAGAUUGGAUGUUUUAACCGAUUUGGAUCUGGAACACGCUGCCAAGGGAUUGCUGCGCAUCAAAGAGACCUAUAAUCUGAACGAACGGGAUAUGGCAAAGGGUCUUUUAAGCCAAAAGCAAUACAAAGCCAAAUUGAGUACUUUGGAUUGUGUCUGCUUAGCGAAAUAUCUACAAAAACAGGGAGAGAACCAAGAGGCGGCCAAAUGGCUGGAAAUUGCACUGGAACAGUAUGAGGAAACACCCGAACCGGUUUUAAAAUUGAUGAAUACUGAUCGUGCUGUAAUUUUGAGAGAACUGGGCAUGAUUCAGAUUCAACGUGGUUAGUUUUUUGCACAGUGCACCGUGAUAAAGCGACUGCUACACA